AGGCCAGAUGCUCCGUUUUCGCAAACAUGGAAUUGCUUCAACGGCAGUAUUCGCUGUGCUCCAGUUGCUGCCCUUGACGCUGGUUUUUCCCGCUCGCAAAUUCCUUGCUGCAAGGCGCAGUGUCAUCCACGACCGCUCAGAGGUGGUCCUAAACUCUGACGGGGUGCCUGAGGAAUGGGAAGACAUCGCUGAAUCUCAGCACGACCCCAACGUUUGGGAGGAAGAUGGAGGAGUGCUGGGGAAAGGUGCAUUUGGAAUUGUGGCACGCGGCAUCAACAAAAAGACCGGCGAACUGGUUGCAAUAAAGCGGAUCUCUCCCAGCCACAGGCUGGCAGUGGCCACUGCCAAAAAUGAGGUGGAAGCUGCGAACAGUCUUGGGGAACAUCCGAAUAUCGUUCAAAUGAAAGCUUACUUCUUGGCCCCUCCCAAUGGAUCGCAUGCCCGAGAUGUGGUGAUUGUGUACCGCUUGGCUUUGGGAGGUGACCUGCAAACGUGGAUCAAUCAGCAGCAUGGCAACUCUUUCAGCGUUGAUUUUAACAAACCCAAGUUGACGGACGAGGCACUUCGCAUUAUGCGUCAGCUCACGGCCGCCUUGCAACACAUCCACUCCAUGAAUAUCCAGCACCGUGACUUAAAACCACCCAACAUACUGCUUAGCGCUGGAUGCACAGCGUUGAUUGCCGACUUUGGCAUUUCCUUGGUGAAUCGCAGCUCUGCACGUUUGCAGGGUCAUGCUGCACUGGGGGAUUUCUACUUUAUCGAUGUGGAUUCUUUAGUGACCAAAGAGCUGCCCUACACAUUGGACGAUGACAUCUACAGUCUGGGCGAGGUCUUUGUGCGGAUUCUCUAUGGGCGAUAUGCCACCGGGGUGGAUCUGCGCCGCUUCGUUGAGGAAUGCUCUUCGAAUUCGGUGCCGCCGGUGCUGCAGGCGCUCAAGCAGAUGCUGGAGGGUCGGGAGAGCCGCUGCAGCCUAGAGCAGGUGGCCCAGAUCCUGGACCAGCUGCGCUUCGUGCCCAAGCCCUCAGAGCCCCGGCCCAUGGUCAUGAGCAUGUUUUUGGGGAUCGGCUCGGUGGCCACAGUGAGCGCCGUCAUGGACCACCUGAAAAAGAAGAAGUUCCGGAAGCAGGACAUGUCGGUGUUCUCCAAGAAGUCGAAGCUCCAGGCCAGCUUCUGUGUAGCGCAGACUCAGGGAACCAGGCCUUCGCUGCAAGACUACUACUGCCACGCGCGCAUCCCCUGGAACGUUCACGCGGGCGCACGGUCCUGGAGGCUUCUGGGCAUGUUCGAUGGCCACGGAGGCCGGGACUGUGCCAAGUUCGCAGCGCAGUCGCUGCCCCACGAGGUUCGACGGAUGCUUCGAGAGGUAGAAGAUGAAGCACAUGAGGUGGACGGAGUGCAUUUGUGGCGCAUGGCUGCCGCGGCCUUGCAGAAGGCUCUUGAAAGCCUGGAUAGGUUAUACAUCAAAUUCCGAGAGAAGAAAAACAACAUGGACCUUUGUGGCACUACUGCCUCUGUUGCCUUGCUCUCUCCGGAUGGUCUACAUGCAGCGGUCUGCAACAUCGGCGAUUCUCGCACCGCCUUGGUGGGCGAUUGGAAGUUGCUGGAGCACAGUGGCAACGCUCCGCGACAGGUCCCUGGCCUCAUCCUCAGCCACGCGCACCGCGUCAGCGACCCCUCGGAAAUGGCCCGAAUUGACGCGGCAGGUGGCUUCGUGGAGUACGGUGCCAGCGGGCACCGGGUGAACGGCGUGCUGGGCGUGUCCCGCGCCAUUGGCUAUUGCGGGAUACGCGACUUUGCAGAUUUGGUGCCUUCGCUUUCUGACAGCUUGAUUGUGGAAAGGGACGGUGAGAGCAGAGCGCUGGUUGCGGUGGGCAGUGAUGGACUGUUCAAGACCUGCGACGAAAGCGAGGCAUGCACUGCCUUUCAGAGUGCUCGUGCUUGUUCACUGAACGGAGGCAGACUCUGUGUAUCUGAACCUUUCCGACGUGGAAGGCUAUGACUCCCUGGAGCAAAAAUUGGCAGAUACAUUGGACACAGCUGGUGGAGGGGUGGCUUCGGACAACAAGGACAACGCAACUCUCCUGGCCUGCGCUUUGCCUGGCUCAGCCGUGUAAGUGAACAAAAUAUGCCUUUUAAGAAUUCCGGGCGGAGACCAGCCGAUGCAUAGAGGAU